AUGUCAAGCUCCUACUCGUGGAUCGCUCUCGCUUUCAUUGCUCCGGUGGCUUUCGCGAUCUUCUGGACGCUCUCCUCCACCUCUGGGUCGCCCUUCACAGGCUCGUUUCCCAAGCUGUACAACAAACGGAUAUGUCUGGUGAUUGCGCAUCCGGACGAUGAGGCCAUGUUCUUUGCGCCGACUCUGCUGGCGCUGACCAAGCCCGAGUUGGGGAAUCAUGUCAAAAUUCUGUGUCUGAGUACGGGCAACGCAGAUGGCCUGGGCCAUAUCCGCCGCAAAGAGCUCGAGAAGAGCGCUGUUCGUCUCGGACUCCGGCAAGAGUCCGACGUGUUUGUCGUCGACGAUCCCUCCCGCUUCCCUGACAGUAUGACCACGACCUGGUCUGCCACCGACAUCUCCACCCUCCUCGCGUCCGCCUUUGCGCCCGACCUCGCUGCCUCAUUGUCGUCGUCUGGAAAUGCAACUAGACCAAAACAAAACGGCAGUGCCGAUGGGCCCCCUAACGCGACCAUCGAUGUGAUCUUGACCUUUGACCAACAUGGCAUCAGUAACCACCCCAACCACCGAUCCUUGUACCACGGCGCAGUCGCUUUCCUGCGGGCGCUGAUGAAAGGCAAGAGCGGGUACUCGUGCCCCGUGGCGCUGUACACCCUCACGAGCACGAACAUCCUCCGCAAAUACUCGGGUGUCCUCGAUGCGCCCGUGACGAUGCUCCUGGGCGCGCUGAGCAACCUCCGCGAGGUGACGACGACGGGCAGGGCACCCUCUAAGAAGGGCCGGGGCCCGCCGAACAGACUGCUCUUCGUCAACACCGUCAACGAGUGGCUGAGAGCUCGCAGUGCGAUGACCCAAGGCCACAAGAGCCAGAUGGUCUGGUUCCGAUGGGGCUGGAUCACCAUCGGGCGGUACAUGGUAGUGAACGACCUGAAACGAGAGAAGAUAUAA